AACACGCUUUCCUCAGGAAGUGGCUCCUGCUCUCCGACCCAGAGGAUCUUUCCGCGGGGGCCAAGGGCUACCUGAAGGUCAGCGUCCUCGUGCUGGGGCCUGGGGACGAAGCUCCUCUGGAGAAGAAGGAGGUGUCCGAGGACAAGGAGGACAUCGAGGCCAACCUGCUGCGCCCCACCGGGGUCACCCUGCGGGGGGCCCAGUUCUGCCUCAGGAUCUUCAAAGCCGAGGAUUUGCCCCAGAUGGAUGAUGCUGUCGUGGACAACGUCCGGCAGAUCUUCGGCUUCGAGAGCAACAAGAAGAACCUGGUGGAUCCCUUCGUGGAAGUCACCUUUGCCGGCAGGACGCUCUACUCCAGGAUCCUGGAGAAAAACGCCAACCCCCAGUGGAACCAGUGCCUGACCCUGCCGGCCAUGUGUGCCCAGUGUGCCCAGUCCCCUCCUCCCCAGUUCCAGCACGGCUCCUGGGCUGGGCUGGAGAGAGAGAGAGAGGCCCGGAGGGAGGAGGGAUCCCACCCCACCGCUGGGAUCUGCCAGGGAAUGCUCCUCAGGGAUGCUCAGAUCCCGGUCCACCCCGAUCCUACAACCUCUGGUGAUGGGGUUUGA